AUGGCGGCUGAACAUCCUAGAUGGAGAAUCGCAAUUGAUAGGGGUGGCACUUUUACAGACUGUAUAGGCAAUCCGGGCACGGGAAAACAAGAGGACGAUGUUAUUAUUAAACUUCUCUCAGUGGAUCCCAAAAAUUAUGCAGAUGCACCUCUGGAAGGUAUUAGACGCAUUUUAGAAAAGUUUGAGAAUAAGAAGAUUCCACGAGGAUCGCGGUUAGAUAUUGCCAAUGUGGAAAGUAUAAGGAUGGGUACAACAUUGGCAACGAACUGCGCGUUAGAAAGAAAUGGAGAAAGGUGUGCCUUCGUCACAACCAGGGGAUUCAAAGAUUCAAUCUUGAUUGGCGAUCAAACAAGGCCCGAUAUUUUUGAUCUUCAUAUCACAAAACCAGAUCCACUUUACGACAGCGUUAUCGAAAUUGAUGAGCGUGUGACAUUGGAAGACUUCUCCGAAGACCCUGAGGAAUUUCAUUCGGUAGGAGAUUCUAGGGAAAACACUGUUAUUGGAAAGAGCGGUGAGGUUGUCAAGAUAAUACAAGUUCCUAAUGAGGAUCAAGUAAGAGACAGAUUAAAGACAAUAUAUGAUUCGGGGAUUAGAUCGAUAGCAGUAGGUUUAUUGCAUUCCUUCACGUAUCCAGUUCAUGAACAAAUACUGCUAAAAAUCGCAAAGGAUGUCGGUUUCGAGCAUAUUUCGCUGUCUUCUGAGGUAUCGCCGAUGAUCAAAUUUAUCUCUAGAGCUCAUAGCGCUAUUGCUGAUGCCUAUUUGACUCCAGUAAUCAAACGAUAUUUGGAUAGUAUUUACCAAGGUUUGAUGAAUUUUGAAAAUACCAAUAUUCAAUUUAUGCAAUCUGAUGGUGGUUUAGUAGAUGGUCAUAAAUUUUCUGGUUUAAAAUCUAUCUUAUCAGGCCCUGCCGGAGGUGUCGUCGGGUACUCCAGAACUUGUUUCGAUAAGACCAAUAAUAUAGCAUUGCUUGGAUUUGAUAUGGGGGGAACUUCAACAGAUGUUAGUAGAUACAGUGAUGGAAAAUUAGAACAUGUUUUCGAAACAAAGACAGCUGGUAUUGUGAUCCAAUCACCUCAACUAGAUAUCAAUACUGUUGCAGCUGGUGGAAGUUCAAGAUUAUUUUGGAAAAAUGGUUUAUUUAGAGUGGGCCCUGAAUCUGCAACAGCUGAUCCUGGUCCUGCUGCAUAUCGUAAAGGUGGUCCUUUAACUAUCACGGAUGCUAAUCUGUUUCUGGGCCGUCUUGUUCCUGAGUUUUUUCCCAAAAUCUUUGGACCACAAGAGAAUGAGACGUUGGAUCUAGCAAGAACGGAAGAAUUGAUUUUGAAAUUAACGAAAACUAUUAAUGCUGAAAUAAAAUCUGAAAUGACACCGGAUGAAAUUGCAGAAGGCUUUAUCAAGGUCGCUAAUGAGUCCAUGGCGAGACCUAUAAGAGCGAUUACCGAAUCAAAGGGUCAUAUAGUCUCACAGCACAUUUUGGUAACGUUUGGUGGAGCUGGAGGUCAGCAUGCAGUUGAUGUAGCCAGGUCACUUGGGAUACAUGUAGUUUUGGCCCACAGAUAUUCCUCGGUAUUAUCCGCCUAUGGUAUCUUCCUUGCUGAUGUGGUAGAAGAAAGACAAGAGCCGUGUUCUUUAAUUUUGAACGCUCAAAGUAAUUUAGAUAUCAUCCGUCUUAAAUUUGAACAGUUGUCCAAACAAACCACUAACGCCUUUCUGAGGCAAGGUUUUCCAUCGUCAUCUCUGUCUCACGAGGCAUAUUUGAAUUUGAGGUAUGAGGGAACCGAGACUGGUUUAAUGGUACUAAGAAAAAGUGGUGAAGAGGAGUUUGCAUCAAGUUUCCAUGCGAUGCACAAGAAGGAGUUUGGAUUCGCUUUUGAUAAUAGAAAAAUAAUUGUCGAUGAUAUAAGAGUGAGAACAACAGCAAAUUCUAAUGUAAGAUCCGAGGAAACUGUUGACGAACAAUUGAGAAAAUACCCACGAAAACUUGUUUCAGCAUCUGAGGAGGCAAGUUUCUUCAAAAUGGUCUCCUUCGGUGGUAAGCGUGUUAAUACUCCUGUUUAUCGAAUUGAGGAGAUGCAUUACGGUACAGUUGUGAGUGGGCCUUCCAUCUUAGCUGAUGGAACGCAGACCAAUGUUAUACCUCCAGGAGCAGAAGCCACAGUGCUCAGAUCUCAUAUUUACAUUAGUCUACUGGAUAACAACCCAGAAAACCUUACUCGUCUAGAUAAGAAUAAGAUCGAUCCUAUUCUAUUAUCUAUUUAUGGAAACAGAUUUAUGGAGAUUGCUGUACAGAUGGGCACUCAGCUUCGAAAGACUGCUGUAUCAACAAAUGUGAAGGAAAGGUUGGAUUUCUCGUGUGCGAUUUUUGGUCCCGAUGGCGCUUUAGUUGCCAAUGCUCCUCAUAUUCCAGUUCAUCUGGGUUCUAUGUCAACUUGUAUAUCUAUGCAAGCAGCUCUAUGGAAAGGGCAGCUGGAACCAGGUGAUGUCAUAGUCACUAAUCAUCCUGAAAUGGGUGGCACGCAUCUUCCCGAUAUCACUGUCAUAUCUCCGACAUUCUCAAAAGAGACUGGUGAGAUUACCUUCUAUGUCGCUUCAAGAGCACAUCAUGCUGAUAUCGGAGGGAUUCUACCUGGUUCAAUUCCACCAAAUUCCACUCAGCUUUAUGAAGAGGGUGCUGCAAUUUAUUCAGAACUUAUUGUCAAAAGAGGUGAGUUCCAAGAGGAUUUGAUUACCCAUUUACUGUAUGAAGAGCCUGCCAAACAUCCGGGUUGCUCCGGUUCAAGAAGACUCAGUGAUAACAUAAGCGAUUUGAGAGCACAAAUUGCUGCAAAUAACAAAGGUGUCUUGUUAGUAAAUAAACUGAUUGAUGAACAAGGCUUCAACGUUGUUGUUAGAUAUAUGGCAGCAAUUCAGGAUAAUGCCAGUGAUACAAUAAAAAAAAUGUUAAGGAAAAUGGUAAGCCAUUUUGGCUCCACUGAAUAUACCGGUGAAGACUACAUGGAUGACGGGACGGUGAUCAAAUUGAAAGUUACAAUGGACGUCGACAAGGAAAGCUAUGUCUUCGAUUUUGAUGGUACUAGCCCUCAGGUAUAUGCUAAUACUAAUGCACCGGAGGCGAUAACCCAUUCUGCUGUACUAUACUGCUUAAGAUGUUUAGUUGGCGAAAAUAUUCCAUUAAACCAGGGUUGCCUGAGGCCAAUCACGAUAAAAAUCCCCAAAGGAUCUAUACUGUCCCCAACAAAUGGAGCAGCUGUUGUAGGUGGAAAUGUGUUGACAUCUCAAAGAAUAACUGAUGUUGUACUAAAAACCUUCAAAGUCAUGGCAGACUCUCAGGGUGACUGCAAUAAUUUUACAUUUGGAACAGGGGGUACCGAUGUGCAUACAGGAAAAGUAAGCAAAGGUUUUGGUUACUAUGAAACAAUUUGUGGAGGUCAUGGAGCAGGCGCUCCCUCUUGGAGAGGACCUGGUUGGAAUGGAGCCGAUGCCGUUCAUACUAACAUGACGAAUACAAGAAUGACAGAUGUUGAGGUCUUUGAAAGGCGUUAUCCCGUUCUAUUGAUAAACUUUUCGAUUAGAAAAGGUUCUGGCGGUGAAGGGAAAUAUAGUGGAGGCAACGGUGUAAUAAGAGAUAUUAUGUUCAGAGAAUCUGUGCAAGCAUCUAUACUUUCUGAAAGGAGAGCAGUCGCACCACAUGGUUUAAAUGGCGGCAAAGAUGGUUCGAGGGGCAUGAAUUUGUGGAUAAGAGGCGCCGAUGAAAAUGUCAUUAAUAUUGGAAGUAAAAGUUCCGUACAAGUCAAACCAGGCGAUCGAAUAAUAAUCAUGACACCUGGUGGUGGUGGCUGGGGCAAGAGAGAUGGAAAUGUAGCUUAA